GAUCCUCUCAUCUCUCAAUUAGUCAAUACCAUCAUGCGUGACGGCAAGAAGGCCCGUGCCCAACGUAUUGUCAACGACAGCUUGAAAUACUUGGCCGAAAAGAGCUCCAGCGACCCUUACACCGUGCUGUCCGAAGUUAUUGAAACCGCCUCACCUUUGUUGAAAUUAACGUCUAACAAGAAGGGAUCCAAAGUGGUUCACAUUCCUACUCCAUUAAGAGAACGUCAACGUCGCAGACGAGCCAUUGUUUGGAUCAUUGAAGCCGCAGCUAAACGUAACGACAAGACUUUUGCCGAACGAUUCGCCGCUGAAGUGUACGAUGUAUCCCAAGGCACCAGCACCGUGCUGCAAAAGAAAAUGCAACUGCACAAACAAGCCUUAGCCAACCGUGCGAAUGCCCAAGUCAGCUACAACACUCAA